AUGUCUGGACGUGGAAAAGGAGGCAAAGCCAAGACCGGAGGAAAGUCGAAGUCGCGUUCAUCGCGUGCUGGACUUCAGUUCCCAGUCGGUCGUCUUCAUCGUAUGCUCCGUAAAGGAAACUACGCUGGACGUAUCGGUGGUGGAGCUCCGUCUACCUGGCCGCUUUCUCGAAUACCUCGCCGCUGA